GUAUCACUGCCAUCUAUUGGGCAACUUGAAUACUACUGUAUUGUCAUUCUCACAUGAAGGUCUAUGUAAUCUUGCAGAGGAUUAGUCUCGUCCUAUAAUCUAAUACCGAACUCCUGAAAUCACCACCAAGUUGACCACAAGAGCAAGAUGGAUGAGGCUGAGAAACUUGUCAAUCAGGCAGCUGAUAUAGCAAGGCAAGCAACCACUUUUGACACAGGUGGGAGUCAUCAGGCAGCUAUAUAUAUGUACCGUCAAGCUGCUGCAUAUUUACAGCAGGCACAGGCUCGUGGAUUCUCAACCCCGUCUAUUGCUGACCGAGUUCAGCAGUAUAGCAAUAGAGCAGAUGUACUUGAACAGAAUGAUCAGAAGUUGUAUUCAGCACCACAGGUGAUGGAAGGUGGUCAGAGUGAGCUGGGUCGAGCAAACUUUCUCCUCCUUGAGGGUCUUGAUGAAGAUGAAGCUGGAAAUGCGGAAGAGGCAAUUGAGUUGUACUCUUCAGCUGUGCAGUUAUGUCUUGAAGUGAGCAAGGUUGUAAAGAAUACAUCAAUAGCUGAAAAAUUACGCAAUCUGGCAGAGCAGGCUUUGACUCGUGCAGAGGUGCUAAAAGCUCAGUCCACUGGAGAGGAGACAGAAACUAGUGAAAACCAAAUGGUGACAAAGGCUGGCCAUCAGAAAGUUUCUCCUACCCGUGUCAUUCCUCCAUUGGGAAUUGGCAAUUUGGUUAAUUCCAGGCCUCAGCAGCCACAAGGAAGACCUGCAGGAGCUCGUAAAGAUGGACUUCAGUUAUCAGGAAAGUCUGAGUAUUCAAAAGAGGAAGUGGAGGUCCUCAAGAAAACCUCAAAUAUAAAUGGAAGAGACUACUUGCCUUUUAUGUCCAUUGAUCUAAAAGAAAAAUUUGCAUAUUCCCUACCUUUCAGUGAUAAGGAUGGUGCCCUUGCUUUGGCUCCCAAGCAAAAGAAAAACUUUGCCAGGUGGGCAAGACCAGAGGAUAUAUCAAGCAAUCCUAAAAUGAUUGAGGUCAUAGAUUAUUACAGCAUUAAGCAGACUUGUGUAUCAGAUUGCUCUUUUGUUGCUUCUGUAGCUAUCAGUGCCCUCUAUGAAAAGAGGUUUAAAAAGAGACUCAUCACUGAUAUUAUCUAUCCCAAGAGCCGUAAUGGUGACCCAGUGUAUAAUCCAUGUGGGAAGUAUAUGAUUAAACUUCACAUAAAUGGAAUCCCUAGAAAAGUCAUCAUAGAUGAUCAGUUACCCCAGGGACAUCAUGGAGAGUUAUUGUGUUCUUAUUCAACAAAUAAGAAUGAAUUCUGGAUAUCCUUAGUUGAAAAAGCUUAUAUGAAAGUGAUGGGAGGGUAUGAUUUUCCAGGAUCCAAUAGCAACAUUGAUUUGUAUGCCCUCACUGGAUGGAUUCCAGAACGUGUGUCAGUAAAAGAUAAAGACUUCAAUAAAGAUGCAACCUUUAAAAAGAUAUUAGACCGCUUCCAGCGUGGAGAUGUGCUUGUUACUAUGGCAACGGGUGAGAUGAGUGAUGCUGCUGCUGAUAGAGCAGGCCUAGUGCCUACUCAUGCUUAUGCUAUGUUAGACAUAAAGGAGAUGAAGGGUAAACGGCUGCUAAUGUUAAAAAACCCAUGGUCUCAUCUACGAUGGAAAGGCAACUAUUCUGAAAUGGAUAAAGAACACUGGACUCCAGAGUUGUGCAAGUUACUGAACUAUGAUCCUAAAAGUGCUCAGACUUUUGACAAUGGUGUCUUUUGGAUUGAUUAUGACAGUCUUUGUCAUUUUUAUGAUGUCAUCUAUAUGAACUGGAACCCAUCACUAUUUUCUUACACCUAUUGUACUCAUGAGACUUGGUCAGCUGGAGCAGGCCCAGUACGAGACUUGUAUAACAUAGGAGAAAAUCCUCAGUACUCUUUGGAUGUGCAGUCAUCUGGUGGGGCUGCUGUUUGGGUACUUCUUACUCGUCACAUCACAGAAAUAGAAGACUUCAGGAACAAUAAGGAAUAUAUUACACUUCUUGUAUAUAAGACUGGAGGCAAGAAGGUGUUUUACCCAUUUGACCCAGCACCCUAUAUUGAUGGCAUCCGUAUCAACAGUCCCCAUUAUUUGUGUAAGAUGGUAUUGAAAGAAGCUGGCACACAUAAGUUUACACUUGUUGUGUCUCAGUAUGAGAAGCAUCUUACCAUUCAUUAUUCUUUACGAGUAUAUUCAACAUGUCCAUUCAACCUCCACAGAAUUAAGAAUUACUGCAAACACAAGUUUGAGAUUACUGGCCGAUGGAGUGGCGCUAAUGCAGGUGGGUGUCCCAAUCAUCCUGCAACAUACAAGAACAACCCUAUAUACCAAUUCAGAGCAGAUACUGAUCUCCAAGCUGUUAGAAUUGAAUUAAAGGCACCGAAGGAAGUACAAAUUGGAUUUGAAGUCAUAUGUGUGGAAGCCAAAAAUACCCAAGCAAGUGGAUACUUUUCGAAAAAGCAGUCAGGAGCUUAUAGGUCAGGUUUUGUUGUACUAGAGAUCCUUGAUGUGGUGUCAGGAGUAUAUAACAUUAUUCCUAGUACAUUCUAUCCCAACACAGAAGCUCCAUAUUUCCUCAAUGUUUAUUCUUCGUCCAGCUUGAAAGUUAACAAAUUGAAAUAAGUAGAAUAAUUGGUAGGUUAUGGAUUUGUAAGUUUGACCUAUGGUUGCCUGUGACAGUUGAUUUCCGUUAUGUUUAACCGACUGAUAGUUUGAUGUCAUCUUGUAGCUGAACAGUUUCUGGUUUACUCUUAUAUUGUAGUACAACAGAAAUAUUAUUAAAGAUUUUACAUCAUUGCUAAAUGUGGAAUGAGUUCUCGAACUUUUUAGUUUUGUGCAUUUUCAGCCUGAAUUUCCAUCUGGUCUGGGUCCUCAUCCAUGGCCCUUUUUCAUGCUUAUCUAUGUUAUCCUAAUGUUCUCUGCCAUUACUACUAUGUAUAAGGAACUAUAUUUUUGCUAACUGCUCUUCUUUGAAUCUUAUAGCUUGCUCAAACCAUUCCAGGUCUAAGGAAAAAUGUAAGAUUUUUUUUUACAUUUGAUGUAUUCUUUUUAGCUACCCUCAAAUUUCAUAAAAAACAUUGAACUUCACAACUACAUCAGUCUUUGUUCAUAGACCAGCCAAAGUAAUUAUCAGCCAUGAGGUUUUUAGCAAGUCUUAGCAAAACAGGUAUUAUUUUAUUCAUGAAUGUGAUAGAGUGCAUAAUGUUUUAAUGCCAGAAUGAUUUGUAUAAAAUAUUUCCUAAAAACUAUAUUCAGUUCCCAGAGUUUAAUAUAUUAAUAUUUGAAGAAUAGUUUAUUUUUAAAUAUGAGGAAAGUAUGUAAACACAAUGAAUCAUUAUAUGAAUAGUAAUACUGAAAUCAUUUUACUCAGAAAAAAAAUUAGUUUUAUUGUAGAGAAACAUUUUCUAAAUAAGUUUUAUAACUUGAAAGCCCUUCGAGGAAAUGUUUCCUGAAGAGGAAUAAUUUAUUUAAAGUUUUUGCUCUUGUUUUGAUGAGAAUUGCAUUUCCUUCACUUUCCAGGGAUCACUGUAUUUUUUUUCCUAGAGUAGAGUAUGGCUGACUAAUACUAUCAGAAAGGAAUACAGUGGAACCUCAGUUUUUGUACGCCCUGGUUUUCGUGCGAUUCGGUUUUCGUAGACUUUCUGAUUAAAUUUUUCCUCGGGUUUCAUACAUAUCCUCAGAUUUCAUAUAUACUUGGAAAACUCCUUCCAGGGCCCGCAGCGUGAAGGCCUGUACCAAACGCCCAAACAAAGCAUCCCGGGACAUCGCAUUACCUAUUCUGCUCGUUUUUCCUUGUUUUUGUGCUUUUUUUUAUUCAAGUGUAACUGCUAAAUAAGCCAUCAUGGGGCCAAAGAAAGUUCCAAGUGUUAGCCCUUCUGUAAAAAAGGCAAGAAACACUAUAGAAUUUAAGAAAGAACUCUUAGCAAAGUGUUGGAGGAUGUUGCAUGCCAAUCUCAGUGAGAAAAAUCCUACAACAAAUGCUGAUGUUAGUGAAUUUCAGGCCAGCAUUGGCUGGUUAGAAAAAUUCAGAAAGCGAACGGGCGUACAUAAUGUGACUACUUCAGUGAUUAAGGACAUGUUUGGACAGUGGAGUGAUGUACAAACUUUGGUGGAGAAAUAUCAUCCCAACAAAGGUGUUGUAAUCGGUGUCUCAAACAUGUUUAAUGACAGCGCUGUUUAACUUUAGGCAGAUUUUAAAGAAAUGCAAGAAACAAAUGUCUCUGGACAGUGUUGUUGUGCAACAAGAGUCCAGUAACUCUCAAGCUGGUCUAAGUGCUAAUAAAAAAUGAAGAGGGAAAUUAACCUCGGAUAGUGCCAUUAAAAAAACGAAGAGGAGAAGUAACUCUAGAUUGGUCCUUGAUACCUGAAGUCCUUCUGAAGGGAGAUUCCCCUUCCAAACAAAAACCUCUCCUCCCCCCUCUCCCUUCCUCUCCAUCUUCCAUAUGCUAACAAGUGUCUUCUGUGGAGGUGAGAGUUAUUUUAAAUGUUCAUUUAUUCAUUUUGUUAAUUAUUUAUAUUUAUUUCUCAUUGUGUAUGUAAAACAGCAUUCAUUCCCUAUAAAAUGUAUUUUUGUUAAUAUUAUGGAUGUCUGGAAUACAUUAAUUCUAUUGUUGAACCCACGAAUGAGAUCGACAACUUCUGAAAAGGAAAACAAAAACUCUUGCAUGUCUCCCUCCUGCUCCAGCAAUGGAGACCAACGGCGAGAAGGGUGUGUAGGCUCCCCUAAGGCACCUUCCUCGUUUAAAUUUACAGAAUGAUCAGCAGCCAAACAGCCCGAAACACCAACUAACCUGUCUGGGCUGGGUCCUUGCGCCAACUCCCACAAUGAAGCAUCUACAACACAAGGAACAUCACUACGCACUCUUCCAACAGAUAACUCUUUAACUUGGCCGCAAACGGGCAUGGGUGUGGCAGAUGUACGAACGUGAGUUGGAGAGGAAUCCCGAACAUUAGAGUUCAAAAGAGAAUCUCCCAGAGUCGAGCUCCUGGAAGCACCAGGGAGAGGGGCAGGCAAACACUCAUGCUGCACCAACUCUGCACUCACAACCUUCGACCUCUUGACAGGCACCUUGAGAUCCUUACGGCGACAAAUUGGCCCUGGAGAAGAAGUGGGAGCGCCUGCAUUGUGCAUGGACGGGGGAGGUUGCAACACGCUUGCGAUUCGAUGCAGAGGGCAAAGCAGCCACUGCAGAUUGCACAAGGGAAGAUACACUAACACUUUCCGAAACACCAACACUCGAGAACACGGCUGCAUUGUUCUUCCCUCUUAGGUGAAGAAAGAGCAAAGCCCCUACCCUUCCAACGCUUGAUAUGCCGACAUUGUGGAGAGGGGGAAGAAGGAGAGGAAGACAGCACUGGUUCCUUACGUGAUCUCUUCACAGGAGGUGGGGACGAUGCAACACGUAUCCUUCCAGUCCUCCCAGCCGACAUGGCAGCCAACUUAUCAUCCAAAACAGAGUCCAACCUCUUAAGGACUGCCUGGCAUAAAGCCUUAGACGGAUAAGCAAGAGAAGGCUCCGAUGACAUGGAAGGGAGAUGCAGCGAACUGGGUGGCAGAGAUGAUGUCACAGCUGUGUGGGGCAGUGCAGAGGAGACAACUGACGUCAACGAUGGAAGUGAUGUCACCAGUGGUGAUGAUGUCACGGCUGCCCCUCGAUCUGAAAUGGGAAGCAGACGCUGCUGGCGGAGGAACACAAAAUGACUGACUCCGUGACGUCAUUAGCGGGCCUGACGCCACGGCUUCUCUCUGACUCGAAGAAGCGGCAACAGUCAUUGGCGGAGCAAUACAAAAUGGCUGACCUUGGCUACCAACGAAACGAGGCUGGGAGGAGGGGGGAGGGCCUGGCCAGCAGGAGGAGGGGGGUAGCAAGCAUCCAUGAAGUGCGCCAGCAACCCCUACAAGGAUGGAGAACCCCCUAGCCUGAGCGUCUUCCAAAUCGCCGCCAUCUUGGAUGCCUCUGACUCUGGAAUAAAGGAGAAUAAUGAAAAAGCCUCCUCCCUCCUGGGAAUCAAAUUAACUUCUGAAGAAGGGGCAAGAUUACAAAGAUUAGCCUGAGGGCCUCCCGAUACUUCCAAUGACGAAUCGAUGAAAGAAACGGAAGGGGACAAAGGCACAACACUACUAUGGUGUGUGAACACAGCAGGAGACGAAACAUCGGGAAGAGGUGAAGAAAAACCUUCCCAUGAAGGAACAGUAGAAACCCUCCAAUGCUCUCUCUUGCUAUAAAACAACUUCCACUGCUCUUUAGGCCACGCACGGCAUUUGGUGCGAUAUAUGCACACAUUGCCAGAUUUCACAAGAUUACUUGCUUUCAUCUGCGUUUUAACCGGAUCCAGCUAGGUGUUAGUAGUGAUCCUGUUGUUAAGACUGAAGGUUUGUAGCUAUGAAAAAUACAAAUUGUCUUAGAAAAUUUCUCAUGUUUCGGACUUCAUGGGACAUUUUUGAACGGAUUAUGUAUGAAAACCGAGGUUCCACUGUUUAUGUUUUUACAGGAAAAACUAAGAUGUGCUUUACAUAUCAAAUUAUUUUCAAGCACUAAUUACGAUAAACCUCUUGAGAAAUCAAGAUGCCCUUAGUGGGCCUGUUCACCAGCAAUUAUCAUGCAACCACUUCUAGUGUGCCUUGUCCAGCACACUGUAGAUUGUAUUAAAGGAUUUUUCUAGCAUCCUUUUGGUAUCCUGCUAUAUUGCUUUCUUCCCCUUGUUCUCUUAGCACCUAGCUGUCCAAAUGCUCUAACUUUACCUCUCCAAUUUUCACCAAUUUUGAGAAGGAAUCCAACAAGAAUUUAUAAAUGGAAUAUGGUUGUCUUGCAAAACUAAUUCAAUAUAAUAUCUAGAUGACACCUGGUUCCCAAUUACAGUAUGAGCACCUGAGUGGCGUGAUCGGUAUGGUCUUGAUCUGCCACCUCGGUGGCCGCGAGUUCGAUUCUCGGGCAUUCCAUUGAGGAGUGAGAGAUGUGUAUUUCUGGUGAUACAAGUUCACUCUCGACGUGGUUCGGAAGUCACGUAAAACCAUUGGUCCUGUUGCUGAAUAACCACUGGUUCCAUGCAACGUAAAAACACCAUACAAAAAAAAAUUACAGUAUGAAGACAAGACCUUAAGUUAUUUAAACUGGUUACAUAUUAUGGUAUCCAUUCCUCCAAGUUACUUUACCAAAACUUGAUGUAAAAAUUUGAAGCUAUAGGAAAAGAUGAAGAAUUAUGUUUUGGUGACAUUGACCUCUAAUUGAUAUGCAUGUUCAUAAGCUAUGAGUUAGUUGGCAAAGCAAGAAUAAUUAUCAUUGUAAAGACUUGUUGUAACUAGAUGGCACAAACUAAAGAGUUAUGAGGAUUGGAUUAUCAGCAAAAAUAUGGGUAGGAGGGAAUGCAAUUGAAAAAUUUUUUUUUUGGAAACAGCCAUAAAAGACUGGAUGAAAAACAAUCAGGGGUCUCAUAAUUUUAUCUAUUUAAGACAGUAAUGUACAUUUUCAAGUUCCUAGCAAUUUUGUUGUUAAGUGUAUGAUAAAUUAACUAAUAUUAGUUAUAUGUAACUUAUACGUAUUAGCCCAGGCCAUUCAGGCACUGUCAGGUGCCAAUGUUAAAUAACAAAUGAAGAUUGUAGAUUAAAAGUAAAACUGCUGCAGAGGACCUUUGAUAUACUCGGUGCACUGAAGACAAAGUGCACUCCAGGCAGGAACUCCCUACUACAGUGUUGAUUGAAACUACUGUUCAUACUCAUUAUCAAGACUUUGGCUACUAAUAAAGUCCAAAUUGUGUAAGUCAUGUAAUAACCUUUUGAUGACUUAGGAAACAGACUGAGGAGAAUUAUUUUAGCAACAGAUAAAUUCUUGUUAUGUCACUGGAAACAUACGCCUAAUAUUCAAGGAAGUGUGUGCACCUGCUGAGCAAUCUUAUGUUCUGUCUAUUUUUGUAUCCUAUUAUCCAGGUUAGUGGUUGUUCAGCCUUCAUUAUUUGUUUGGUUGAUUCAGCAUUUAUAUGAUGUUCUUAUUUCUAUGUCAUCCAUGUUUAUGGCAUUUCUGUGAAAUCUUCUUCUUAUUUAAACUGAGCGUAUCACAAAUUUUUAUUUUAAUUAAGUGGCUUUUACCCAUCCUUCAUGCUAUCUCUUUAUUAAUAAGGCAGUUGAAUGGAAUACAAUUAGGAAUUAAUAAUAAUUAUAGCCUCUAUAUGCCUAUGAUAUGCUCUCUAGAUUAGAUUCAUGCAAUUUUGUAUCUGUUCUUGAACUUACUAUAGUUACCUGUAUUGCAUUCUUUGUUCUGUUCAUGUGUAAUUUACUUCAUGACCUAGAUAUCAUUAGGCUGUCAUGUUUUUUUUCAAAAUUCAAAGAUGUUCAAGUAUACAGAGAUUUUAUAAAAAGGAAUUUUGACUUUUGUUAUAUCUCUUUAAAUUCAUUAUUAUAUUUCCUGUAGUAUCUGCUAUUAUUUUGUGAUAUUAUUGUUUAGUUCUCCUGUAUAAUUUUUUAUUGUGUAACUAGUUUAUUAGUUGAAUUCAUAUUUAAGUGAUUGUUAGUUUAUUAUUCAUAUUUUUAGCUGCUGUUGGUAGGUCUGAUCUAAGACAUGUACAUGAAUAUCAUACUUGGGGCCAUAGAAGUACUAUACCAUAACCAUUGUUGCUGGUUAGCUUAUUCACACAACGAAGUAUGGCCAAAAAUCUGUCAUGUGUGACUUUGUACUUGGAGUUUGAGGAAGGCCAAGAUUUAUGGAGUCAAAUAAGGCUGAUCAUUGGACUUGACUGGAUAGUAUCCAUUGUAACUUUCAGUAAUCUCUGCAUCUGUAUGUUCAAAUCACACUUGCAGAUAAGAUAGUAACCACUCUUGCAGAUUUGUUAGAAAUCAGUAUCUUAGUAGUAUUUGAAAUGUUUUUGCUAUUUACAUACUAUUUCUCUUUACUGUAUAUAUAUAUAUUAUAUAAUAAUAUUUAGCUACACUGUAUUUUUUCAUAAUAUUCAUAAUACUGAAUUCAUCCCCUUUGAUAAGUGCUAUAUUUACAUGCAUUUUUAUACCUAUAAAGAUUUGUAGGGUAUGCAAGGUAUGUUAUGAAUCACAUACAUGAUACUACAUCACUAUUUAACCUAAGUGUUCACAUUGAGGACUUGAGUAUUGAAUUAGAUAUCUUUUUGGAAGUUUCUCUUACAAAUCAUUGCUUCUCUUAAUUGAAAUUAUGCAUUUAUUUACUGCCUUUUUUCUUUAACUAGGAUAUUUCAGUUCCUAUGGCCUAGUAGAGCAAAUGAGAUCAGCAAUAGAAACUUUUGGGGAACUCUGAAGAAGUUAUUGUUUAACCUGACAACUGUAAUUGAAGCCCAAUUUACUUUGCACCUAGGCCAGGGACUUUUAAAUACCAAGCUGCUUGUGGGACCAGUGAUUUUGAUUUAAAAUCAUUACCAAACUCCCCUAGUUUUGGUUAAUGUCCUGAAGUGGUUUGAUGCUUUGACACCAUAUUCUGCAGUGAAGGGGAAUUCAGACAAAAUAACAAAUCCCAACAUUUUAACCCUCAUACAUGAAGUUCACUUAAAAAAUUCCUUAUCUGGACACGUGAAGUUUACAAUUUGAGUCCAGGCUUUCCCAGUACCUUCAAAUCAAGCUUCCAAGCUUUAGAAAAUUUUCCAUCUAGCUACCCCGUCUCAAGCACUUUCAUUGGAAGCUUCAUUCAAAGCUCACAGACUUCAUUAUUAUUUGCUGGUAGGCUCAUCUGAUGUUAUGAAGUCUUUCAAAUCUUAUAUUCAGUUCAUUGCCCAUAGGGGUAGUAUUAAUUUGGAACAUUGAUUUUACUGUUAAAAAAUAAGAACACUUUUAAAAGAUUUGGCAUUUGCUUCAUGCAGUUUCUCCUCAGUUGGUCAAGGAAAUUAUCCUUUUUUAUAUGCUGUUAAAACUGCAUUUGAUGGUUAUGUAUUGUCAGGUCUACUCAUCCUUAUGGACUAUGGGAAAUCUGUUUUAUAUCAGUUUUAGUUCUGAAGAGUAAAGAUUAAAAGUUGAACCAAACUUAUAAGGAAGUUGGGAAACAUACAAGAAUAUGGUACCUUUAGUUUACAACCAGUAUCCUGUUAAAAGACAUCAUGAAACUUAUUACAUGGCAUUAAAAUGAUACGUAUAAAGAAAAUGUAUGCUGAACAAGAAUUAUUAUUGUUGUAUACUGAAAUGACCAUUUUUGGUCAUUAUAUAUUAGAGACAGAGAGCUAUUUACAGCCUACUCAGCUUUCAUCAGUGGGAGAUUGAUAGUUAGAAAUGACUUGGCUUUUAAUGGUAUUUUAAGAAGUUGGUAUUAUUUUAUUGUUAUAAAAGCAGAGUUCGUGUGAUAUAUAAUCUGAAGGAAGUAUUAAAGAGGGUUGAUGAUGCUGUGGAAGGAGACUCGGUAAAUAUCAUAAAAGAAACCCCUGGCUAUGCUCGUACCAAGAGUUUAAGAGAGAACUCCCCAUCAAUUGAUGUGGAUCCUGGGAGUCAAUAUCCUGCAUAUACCUUUGGCCAACUGUGUAUAUAGUUCUCAUGUAAUUUUCUCAUAUAAAGUCUUUAAUAUCAGAUAGUUUUAAGUCUUGGUUGAAAACACAGUUUGUGCCAUAAAACUGAUCUUAUUUCCAGAUACGUGUGCUGUACUUUUAGAAUAACUGUAUUAGAUAUUUUGUUUGGAAAUUGUAAGUAAAGAGCAAGUUUCUUAAGAGGCAAGGAAAAUGAAUUAUGAAGGAAACCAUGUUCUUAGGUGAUGAUAGCUACUUUCCAGUGAUGUGUUGAAGUAGCAGGGAAAUGGUAACACUUAGGAACUAUUGGGCUUGAUUGGAAGAUAUGCAACUGAAUAAUUUCUACUGUGAUAUAAGGUGUUUGUAGGUUUUCAUUGCAUGGUAUGGUACUGUUGAAGCAGAUUAUAAUCCAUCCAUAUUUAUUGUUUACUUAUGGUCAUAUAAGUGUAUGUAUUUCUAUAUUGUUCAAUAAAAUUUUUAUAUAAUAA